CUCUUUUCCGUUUGCGCAGUCUGACAGUACGGACACGUGAAAUUUUUUAGCUUGCUAAAGACAAAUAUUUUCUACACAAAAUGGAUAAACCAGUUGUUUUGGCUCGUGUCAUGAAAGUUUUGGGUCGUACAGGAUCCCAAGGACAAUGUACACAGGUGAAAGUUGAAUUCAUCGGAGAACAAAAUCGUCAAAUUAUCCGCAACGUUAAGGGUCCAGUACGUGAAGGCGAUAUCCUCACCUUGUUGGAAUCUGAACGUGAAGCCAGACGUCUUCGAUAAAUUUUCAACACACAAUUAUUCGUUUCUUAAGACAACAAAAAGCGAAAAAUGUUUUUCAUCAAGUGAACGGACACAUACACAACAACAAUUGCACGGUGGCCGCAAUUUGUCAUCGUUUGCCAGCCCCAGUUCGAGUGCAUUUUAAUAACACACAUGUAAUCGGAUUCGUGCAUUGAAUAAAACUUAUUCAUUUGAUGAACAAA